AUGGGGUCGGCGCGACCCGGUGCCCCUCCCUCUCAAGCGCUGACACGUCCCCAAGUCCCACGAUCUGAAGUGCAGCUCCUUAGUAACAAACUGCAUCGAGUUAACAUCCAUUUGUCGAGAUAUUCCGCAGACGCCGGAAAUCGGAUGUAAUACGGUACGCCUAUAACCAUUUUCUUAAAGCAAUACCCAUUCUGACUCCCAGCUCCUUCAAAUUUACCUUUAUUGUUCCCUCCCCUUCGCCCUAAAGCAUUAUCGUGUCCAAUCUAGUGAACAUGGUAUAUGAGAUGAGUAACUCUGAAGACGCCUAAUAUGGAAUAAUUGUAUUUAAAAAUAUAGUUAGUGCAUAUGUACAGCGCUUAGAUGCUCGCCAUCAGUUUUAAUUGUGUCGACGGGGGCGGGUUACCGGAGGAUGACCCGGUAAUGUUGUCUAUAAGUCGGAAUUAGUUAUGGAAAAUUGGUUAUCGACUUGCCACUUGAAUGCUGGAAUGAUUCUUCGGUUGCUCUGGACAUAGCUGUACAACGACCUUUUUACCCGCUUGGUGAACGCAGACUAGAGGCCAGAUAACCUUGCGGUACCGUUUUUAUCCCUUUUCACUGAAGACCUCUGAAUACUGUAGUGAUACAAGUGACGACAAACAUACCAACUAUAACCUCGUAAAGUUUGGAUCCGCUCAGGCUCUCCUUAAUUUCCCGUCCUUUGGAAUUAAUGCACGUGCUAAUUUCGUCAUCGAACAAAACGAGAAAUAUUCGCUUGACUAAGUCGUCAACACUGUGCCAACCACAAAAGGUGGUUUCGGAAAUCAGUGUCCAGUAGUCGUACAUUCACCGGGCGGAACCUAGCCACCGAACGUAGCUGUUGGGCUACAGGAUCCCUCGGCAGCUGGGCAGCUACCUGGCCGGAAGUUGUUGGCCACUGGAGAAUCAUCGUCUGCAACAUUCGCUGAUGACCCAGCAGAUUAUGUUGGCUCUCCACUACAAUAUUUUUUGUAGCGUUGGCCGAUACGCUCUCGAUCGGUGUCUGGUAACACUUUAGAAGAAUGACUCGAUGGAAAAGUGACAUUGCGAUCGUUCGACUGGUCUCCUAGUGGGAGGGUGUCGAAAAAAUCAUUGGAGUUCUGCGUUUCUUAAAAAGUCUAACAGCGUUGUUUUGUGCGACUUGCUGACGGUGAUACGCCUUCACCUCCUAGUAGGUAGAGCGCCUCAUCUAUCGCUGGCCACUGUUGUCGCUGAGAGAUUCGAUGGAAGGAGAAGUCGUUCAUGAUAAUAUCUACAAAUGCACAGGAAAUUAGGUGAAGUGGUCUUUCCGUUACUAUGGCCACUUCUUACAAUGCUCGCAAAUUACUCACUAUGUGGGCUGUGCGUUUGUGGGGUUCGCGAGCACUUCGCAAAGACGAAAGGACAGUAAGUGGCGCUCUGGAAGUUCUUAAUAAUUCGAACUAGUAUGUAAUGGUUUUCCCAUGAAAAGCAGAAAUACUUGGUGAAUUUUUUUGGCAAAGGCACGCAGCUGAUGGCAAAAAGUGAAGACUUCUUUGGGUAGUCAAAGUAGUCAGAAAUGUUGGUGAAUUCACUGAGUAUUCAGCCUACACAUCCACCAUGAUCGAAAAGUGCGUUUUUAACACUUACUAUCUUACUGCCGACGCUAUGGAAUCUAUUGGCCGGUGUGAUGUCCGUGCGAAAGCGUCCUGUGAGCAGGCCUUCAUAUUGCCAACUGUUUUCGCAUCCAGAUGGUACUGGUCCCUCGUGCCAAUGAAGGAACCUUCUUUAAGGUGGCCUCGACGGGUCGCACGCGGUUACAUCUACUUUGCCUAGAAGUCUGGCUAUCUGCUGGAGAGGUCGUAAAGGCCUCCCAAGCAACUUCUUUGACCUACCUAAAACUUUCGAAAGGAAAAGACGAAAAGGAAAAUUAACGCGCGAUCACUUGUAGGCAAACAAAACUGCUCAUUUGACGUUGCAUUCUCAGUCUCUGAUGAUGGCCUCCUGCACGAGAGCGAAAGCUCAGGCUGCUACAUGUGCUGUUCAGGUGGUUGCAUGUUAAUCAUCUUUGCAACAAGAACCUGGGACUCGCAUACUCGCCUCUAUUCGUGGGACUAAAGGGAGUCCAAGGCACCAUGACGCGUUUCUUCAUUCUCAAUGUGUAUUGGACUAUGGACAUUGUUGACCAUGCACUCGUCGCCGUACAACGUAGAGAAAAGUGCAAUCAAAUAAUCCCAACUACAAGCUAGAAAUCUUAGAGUAGUAGAGAGCAGCAAGUACAGUUGGAAAUGAUUGAGGCAGGAUUUCAGAGAAAACAACAAGAGCGAUAUAUAAUGCAAGUUGCCUUCCACGACUCAAAGUAACCUAAAUAUCUACUUCUGUGGGAAAAUUCCGCCGGAAGGUAUACGUCUAUGGAGCGUGCUCUAUCGUCUAUAGCCUUCAUCAUCACCUUCACACUCAUGCUGGGACACAUCAAGUUCAUCCUAAAUCCUCGCGAAGGUCCCUUCUUGGCGAUUCCAACAAAGCCUCCGUCCGUAUUAGUGAUGCAUGAUACAUGAUACAACGCCCAGGAGUAUUGUGUGAAGGAUUCUAGCGUAAUUCUCUCUAUUUACUAGAAAAACGAUGUUGAACGCCCUUUAUAGCCAGGUCAAUGCAGAGUCGGACGGAGUGUUUAGAAUGUUAAGGAGAUUGGUUGCUUGUGCGUAGGUAAGAUGCAAGAUAGAGCAUACUUUCUGCCCCUCAGUUUCUUGUUUAUCCGUUUCUUGCUCAUUUUUUAUUGUUCCAUUUCCGCUUAUUGGGAGUACCUCUAAACGGAUCUCUGCCCUUUCUAGACAUUCGUCGGUCCUGAAGUAUUGGGGCACAUUACGAUGUCACAAUGCCUCCGUCCACAUAAUCUCCGAGAGAGAUAGGGUCCUACGACAUCUUGUAGUAUCCUUGUGAGGGGUAAUCCUAUUUCAGAGUGACAAUUCCGAAUUUGAUUCGUGAGAGUUAAUCAUCCCAGCACAAUAGAUCGACCAAUCCAUCCCACCGCCACCGCCAUUGUACUGGUCGAAGACAUUUACAACGUUGGUCAUUCCAGCUGUGUGAGAUGUCUCGAAUCGCUCAUUCACCUUAACACAUACGAAGAAGGUCGGCAAGCACACGAAUGCGCAUAUACCUGAGACUCCGAGACUAUACGUGAACAGUAGAUACCCAAACUAUGUCGGCGGCGGGGAAAGCUCCCUUCUUCCAUACCAUAAUUACUCGUCUGAUAAGAAGGUAGAUGGGAAUCGGUUUCCUAGUCUGAUGGUUGUCAGCAAAUAGGAAGAGUGCUAGACACCCGGGAGAUGGGGCGGACUCGAAAGUUUGCACUUCGGACAGAACCGUGUAAAAGUGCGCGGGCGUCCAAAUUUGGAACUCCUGUUUUGCGUUUUCUGACCGGAGAUCACAGACAAGACGGUCUGAGAUCUGCCGCGACGCAUCCGUGCUUAGGUAGGCCCAGUGAGCCAGGGGGAGGACGUCAAAGUAAUAAUGGGCGUCCCGUUAAGCUCUUGAGCUCUGGGAUUGAACCCAUAACGAAGUGCGUCUCAGGGUUUCUGUGGGACGAAGAGGAAACUGAAGUCGUCGUGGCGGGUUCUAAGGACUGAAAAAAGCGACAGGCUUGCUGCCUUAGAAUUUAUCGAAGGCGGACGGGCAAGGGCCUGGGAAUACGCAUUACAGAGUUCUUGGUCGUCAAAAUCGCCAGAGGUUUCGAAUAAGGUGGUCCGGAGGGGGUUGGGAAGUGUCAGAUGAUACUGGGAGAGCGGGUUUGUAAGAACGAUUGCAAUGUGGUGAAAGCUGGCGGAGCGAGUUUGAGGCAUGACUGAAAAGUUGGCUUCCAGAUAUGCAAGUGGGUCCAAGCAACAGUUUAGCGGGUGACCAUGAGAAAUUUAAGGGUGAAAAAAACGUUGCCACCGAAUGUCCGGCGCUGCGCAAAGGCCCGAUUACGAGAGUCGUGGGCGCUGCGGACUUUGCAUGUCAUAGGUGGUCUUCAUGGCUGUAUUGUGAUGCGCGGUAUUUCGUCUCUAUGGCUGGUCCCUUUCUUUUGCAGCACUCAACAGCAAAGCAAACCAACCCAAGCCGGCCACUGAUUGCCGAAUCUCCUUUCCCGGCUUAUGCGUCCCGCAACGGCCUCGCCACCAGUUAA